GAGAUGAGGUGAAAAAUGGGGAGUGAAAAAAACGGUUUGGAGCCUAGAAGGAAUCAGAGAGACGCUGUUUAGCUCACAGGAAAAAAAAUACUUUAUAACCUUUAUAUACGUGAUGAAACAAUGAAGGUUUUCUUGCUUGACUAAGUUUUUUUUUAAAUCUCCACAAACAAAGCUCCUGUACUUGGAGGUUGUCAUCAUGGGCAGUUUCAAGGGCCAUGCGCUACCUGGAAGUUUCUUCCUGUUUGGCGGACUCUGGUGGACUGCAAAGUUCUCACUGUGGCACGCCACUCGCAGGAACAAGAACAUCGGCUCCACGCGGCUCACGAGCCGAGCGUUCCAGCGCCGCCUCGAGGUCAUAGAAAGCUCCAUCAUCCUCUUUUUCUCAUUAGCUGGGAUGCUAGCAGAGCAGUUCCUGGCGGAUGGGCCACGUCUCAAGCUGUACGAUUUUGCAGAGAACCACUGGAAAGAUCUGAUGAACUGGCAGCACGCCACCAUGUAUCUCUUCUUUGGCCUGGCUGCAGCCGUGUCCAUGCUCGCCCACACCACGGAGGCCAUGCCCCUCGCACUUGAUAGGCUCAUGAUGGCGCUUGCCUUCUGUAAUGAGGGGUUUCUCUUUCUUUACCACCUCCACGGCAGGACAAUGCUGGACGUCCACUUGCAUAUGCUCCUACUCUACGCCAUCUUCGGCGGGGCGGUGGUCUCCUUCCUGGAGGUCUUCCACAGAGGCAACAUCCUCCUGGAGCUGCUGCGCUGCACCCUGACGCUGCUGCAGGGUAGCUGGUUCUGGCAGAUUGGCUUUGUGCUGUACCCUCCCAGCGGUCCCCAGUGGGACCCCAAGGACCACAGCAACAUGAUGUUCAUCACCAUGUGCUACUCCUGGCACCUCGCCAUCGCCAUGUUCAUUGUGGGCGGGCUCCACUGCAUCGUCAGAUGCAUGGUUCGCUCCAGAUUAAAGAAGACCCCACCGGUGGAAAUGGGGCUGCUGAAGCGCCGGGACAAGGAGGGCGAGUCGGAAGAUGAAGCAUUAUGAAGUGGAUGGUCGGUGGGCUAUGUCUUUUCCAAACAGUGGUUUGGCUGUAUAUGUACGUGCCCCCCCCCCCCCCCCCCUCAUGAAAACAGGGAAGAAAAGGGAAGAUUAAAAAGUGUGUCUCUACCUCAUCAGCUGCCUUUAGCCUGUACUAUCAGGGUCCAUCCUGACUUACUAAUACAGUAUGUUCCACACUAUAAGUAUAUAUUUCAGCAGUAUCACACCAGGCAAAAAUGCACAGUAUAAGUCGCACUGGACUCUAAAGUCACAAUUUUUGGGGAGGUGGGAUUUAUUUGAUAAAAUCAGAGACCAGGAACAGACAAUCUUGUUCUAGUAAUAACAAUAAAAUGGAAAACAAAUAUGCAUUUGUUAACGUAACGUGAAUAGGUGGUAUUUUAUCAUUAAUAGUAUACAGUAUAUAGUAUACAGUAUGCAUAUACAACUAUAGCCUAAACAACAUAACAGAUCUAGUUUACUUGCAGCUUGUAAUCAGUAGAAUAUGAUUUUCUUUAUGGAGCAUUUGUGUUUCGUCUUCCUCAUAUGUUUUUAUAAGUUGAUGUUUACAUUGUCAAUUUUCAGUCUUACAGGAGUGAUAGGAGUAGCAGAUACUGGCACACAAGCCUUAGAGCGUCCUCUUGUGCCUGUCAGUGUGAACAAUAUAUACAUAAGUUGCUCCGGAGUAUAAGUUGCAGGACCAGCCAAACCAUGAAAAAAGUAUGACUGAAAGUCCGGAAAAUACGGUACUUGGCCAAUUCUCUGCUAGCACAUACUGUACAGUAUUUCUUGUACGUUCAUUUGUUCAAUAGCGCCAUCUUGUGGCGAGAUAAAUUAAAACUGCCGUGCUAAAUUGAACUAGUUUUUAUUAUAUCAUUAGUGUUUUGAUUGCCUUUGAGGGAUGACUUGAGUAUUUUUUGUAUGCAUGCUUGGAUGUGUCUCACAGAAAAGAAAAAUGAAUGUGUCUGCAAAGUGUUCAGAUGAUUGACGCCCCCUGCUGGAUGUUUGAUUUAUUAGUCACAUGCACUUUACCAGCAGCUGAAAUUGUUUUGUGGUUUUGUCACACUGAUAGCACCAAUAAAGAUACAUA